GUUCCUGUCUUCAUCGAUCCAAUUUUUCAAAGUUAGAAUUAAAAGUGUCAAAAAGCGAGUCUAGCUAAGAAAAUUUAAGUUUUGUAAAUUAAAUAUUGUAUGAAAUCUCACUGAAAUGCCUAAACCUGUGUGCGUACAGUGUAAGACGAAAGAUUCCUUACUUUGGCGAAACGUAGAGAACGGACAAAUAUGUAAUGAUUGUCAUUUAUCAAAUACCGUAAAAAAGGAAUCAAAAUUAGACACUGCAGUGGCGAAAUCUGAAAGUGAUGAGAAAACAGAAGGUAAAGAUAACGAAGGAAAGAACGGGAAGAGUGAUGAAUCUAAGCCCGCUAAAGCUACGGGGAAAGGAACCAGGAAAAGUACUAGAGCGACAAGAUAUAAGUCUAAAACUCAAGCACCGUAUUCCAAAACUUCGGUGCCGCGGGGAAGAGGUCGAAGAAGUAUUUUUAAACGACAGCCAGUAAAGGCUCCGACAGCUACAGCUACUGUGGUCACCAGUGAUUCUAUAUUUUAUAAGGGUAGUUAUAUGCAAGUAGGUGAUAUAGUUGCUAUGGUACAUAUAGAUGGUGGCGUGUACUAUGCUCAAAUCCGUGGUUUUCUGACCGACCAGUAUUGUGAGAAGAGUGCUGUUGUAACCUGGUUGAUACGAACCAGGGCCAGUCCACCACCUGAAGAGGGUUUCGAUCCUGCCACAUAUAUCAUUGGUCCUGAAGAGGAUUUGCCACGUAAAUUAGAUUACAUGCAUUUUGUAAUGCACGCCCCUUCUGAUUACUACAAAGAUAGUAAAAGUCCAUACCCUGUAAGUGAAUCAAAACUCAAUGAUUCCAGUGGUUUUAUUUGGACUACAUUAGAACCAAAAGAAAAACCCACCACCAUUUAAAUUUCUGUUAAGUUUAUCAUAUUUGUGCUAUAUAUGACUUUUUAAUUGCUGCGAUGUGUUUAUUUUUGCUUAUAAACUCAAACUGUAUGUUCUAAAUUCAGCAUUAAAACUAUUUAA